GCAGUCGCGAGGGUGAUUGGUUGAAGAAGAACUUCCGAUGGCAUUUCCGACUCUUGACCCGCCCUGAGCAUCGGUGAUUGGCUGGACUGUUACAAGCGUUAUGUCACCUGGGAGUUGUAGUUCUUUUGGUUGAUAGGCGACGCCAAUAAGGGCUAGUGGUUGGAUGGAGACUGUUAGCGGUGAUUUCGCUUGGUUGUAGCCUCCCAAAUCAUGUCCCGUGUGUUGGUGCCCUGUCAUGUGAAAAGCACUGUAGCCCUGCAAGUGGGCGACAUGAGGACUUCCCAAGGUCGGCCUGGCGUGCUGGUCGUCGAUGUCACUUUUCCCAACAUCGCGCCUUUCGAGUUGCAGGAGAUCACGUUUAAGAAUUACUACACAGCUUUUCUGAGCAUCCGUGUUCGUCAACAAAACUCAAUGCACACACCAGCCAAGUGGGUAACGUGUUUGCGGGACUACUGUUUGAUGCCUGAUCCACACAGUGAGGAGGGAGCCCAGGAGUAUGUAUCACUGUUCAAACACCAGAUGCUGUGUGACAUGAACAGGGUGCUGGAGCUGCGACUGAUUCUGCGACAGCCAUCACCACUGUGGUUGUCUUUCACAGUGGAGGAACUGCAGAUCUACCAGCAGGGACCAAAGAGCCCCUCCUUGGCGUUCCCCAAGUGGCUUUCCCAUCCAGUGUCCAAUGAGCAGCCUGUUCCUCGCCUUGAGGGUCUCCCAGAUCCCAGCAGAGUCUCCUCUGAGGUGCAGCAGAUGUGGGCACUGACAGAGAUGAUUCGGGCUAGUCAUACUUCCACGAGGAUCGGCCGCUUCGAUGUGGAUGGCUGUUAUGAUCUGAAUUUACUCUCCUACACGUGAGCAGAAGCUUCUACUUGAGACACUGGCCUUCUGUGCUCAUCUAGGUGGGGUUUGGCCACCAGAGGCCGAAGCAUGUUCCCUGUGCAUCCAAGUUCUAUCUGGACAAAAUCUACAGAUUGGGGAUUCUUGACACCUUCCCAGUUGUUUUAGCAUGAAUUCUUAGUGGGGGCACUUUCUGUCUUUGACUGUCUGACAUGUAAAUUCAGUCUCUUCUUCUCAGACUUCACUGGUUCUAAUUAGAAUCCUUGAGCUCCUCUUGCCUGUCCUGCCAAUACGUAUAGCCCAGUCUACUACCAUUUCCCCCCAUUGCUGAGAUAAACCUGUCACACUGUUUUGACACUCAUGACCUGUGAAGCUUGAGGAGGACACACACCCUCUAUUCAUUCCUCUGCUUCUGCUAGUAGCCUUUGUCCUUUUGUAUUAUUAUAUCCACGAAAAGAAAAUGUCCUAGAGCCAGGCAUGGCACACACCUUUCAUCUUAGCAUUCUGUGAGUUCAAGACCAGCCUGGUCUACACAGUGAAUCCCAGGCCAAUCAGGGCUACAUAGUGAGACUCUAUAUUAGAAAAGAAAGAAAGAGAAGAAAAGAAGGAAGGAAGGAAGGAAGGAAGGAAGGAAGGAAGGAAGGAAGGAAGAAAAUACCCCCUUUUGAAAUUGUCUUCUACCAGCCUAGGAGUUGAAGAUGAGAUUGCUGGGAGCUGUAGUUCUUACGUCCCUAAGCUGGCUCCUGAAAAGUGCUGUGUCAGUUCUGGACAGGUGCUGUUGGCACAGCUGGGGCUGGAGAAUGAGUCCUCCCUCUGGCCUACUUGUCAUCACACUCAUCGUGAAGCAUAACCAAGGUCCCCGUCCCUUCUCUCAGUUGCUUCUGCCCAUCAUGCUCAGGGUGAUGAGAGAGCACCCCUGGGGGAGGGUGUCCAAGCCAACGGCUCACUGAUAUUCACUGAGGCAGAGGCCUCCAUUACCUCAGAGCAACCACUAAAUGAAGAAGACGGCUGCUCUUUUCUGUGAACAAAUUCUGUUUUCCUCUAGUUCUUCCUGGCUUUGUCCCUGGGAACUAUUAUUAAGCCGUGCUGCAAGGUGUCUCAGAACUGGAAAAUUGGACAUGAGUUUGUGCAACAGUUUACUGGGAAAGUCUGGCCACCUUUGGUAGCUACCCCGCAUUCCUGCCCACAACCCUCUUGAAGGUCCCAUCUUCACCUACAGGAUCACAGUUUAAGCCCCACUGAAAGGACAGUUACUAUAAUCCUGUGUUCAGGGAACAGUGGUCCUCAGUACGAAUGAGUAAAGAGGAUCCUGAGGUGGCAGGGACUAUGCACAGCUAUGUUCCUAAGUUCCCAGAACUGGAGCUAGUGUGCAGCAAGAUCAAUAAAUACUUGUGGAAUACA